AUGUGCAAAAUUGGUCGUACUAUAUCUCAGGAACGUGUUAUUCGCUGUGGUGUACCACAAGGCUCUACUUUGGGGCCGUUAUUAUUUUUACUUUACGUAAAUGACCUCCCAAGUUGCCUAUCUCAUUCAAUAGCUAGUAUGUUCGCUGACGAUACAAAUUUAACAACAUCUGGGAAGUCCAUAGAAGAUAUACAAAACCAGUUAAAUUCUGAUUUAGAAAAUAUUCAUACGUGGCUGUUAACCAACAAAUUGACUCUUAACAAAGAAAAAACUGAGUAUAUGAUAAUUAGCUCUCGGCAACGGUUAGCGAAAAUUGAUGACGAUCCGAAGAUAAGUCUUGACGGUAUUGAUACAAAAAGAGUUAAACAAGCAAAAACAUUAGGUAUUGUCAUCGACGAAAAAUUACUAUGGAAAAAUCAAAUUGAUGAAAUAACUACCAAAGUUUCUAGAGGAAUUGGCAUGUUAAGGAGAAUGAAAGCCUAUGUUCCCGGCCCCAGGAAACUUUAAGGACUGUUUAUAGUGCACUGAUAAUGCCACAUUUCGACUAUUGUAGCCUUGUCUGGGAUAAUUGCAGUAAUUAUCUACUAGAAAAAUUACAAAAACUGCAGAACAGGGCUGCAAGAGUCAUAACUGGAAAAUCCUAUGAAACUCGUUCAAGUGAGAUUUUAAAAAACUUAGGGUGGCAACCGUUGCUAGACCGAAGAAAAGACAAAAGAGCAUUAUUUAUGUUUAAAAUAAGAAAUAAUGAGUUUCCCAAAUGCCUGACGAGCAUGUUUAACACUAGCAACAAUAAAAACUAUAACCUUCGCAGUAACGAAUUAGAUUUUGCACUUCCAAAGCCGAAUACGAAUUAUUUGAAAAAAAGCUUCAGUUAUUCAGGUGCUGCGCUUUGGAAUGAUCUGCCGAAGCACGCAAAAGAUAGAGCAAUAUCAGUUGGUCAGUUCAGGGCUAUUCUCAAUAACAUGGAAGAACGAGCUUGUAAAUAGAGUAAUACUAAUACCUUUUAUAACAUUUUAUACCUUUUUUAGAAGUUCUUUUAUAGUGUGUAAUAGAUGUAAAAUUUUGUUUUUGUGCCUUAAUUUAGCAACGGCCCCUUGAAAAUCAGUCGUAAUUCACUGAAGGGCCUACCGUUGUAAAAUAAGAUUAAAUAAUAAUAAAUAAUAAUAAUAAUGCGCUGAUCGGACUGUACUGCAUCUUUAAGAUUUUGGUUUACGAAACACAAACAGUGCUCAAUACCAUAUAGAUCGAGCGUUUCGUUUUACAUCAAAAAACCCACUACAGUCUGUUUCACCGAUCCGUAUAGGAAUCGUCAGGUGCAUGGUGAGUAAUUUCGAAAAUAUAAGUUGCUUUUAUCCUAUCUAAAGAAUGCGCGGAAUGCGUGUAGGCAAAACAAUGCUUAGGCGCGCGCGAAAAAAUUAAUGCUUAGGCGAAACAGUGAUCAUUAUAUUUUGUUAACGACUUUGUUUACUCGAAACCGGUUUUUGUGACGACACUUGUCGAAAAUUUCGCUUCUUUUAUUGAGUAAAUCGUCUUUGUUUAUGUCUUUCAAAAUGCAAUUUUUUUCUUCCAAACAUAAAUUGCAGCGUUUUGAUCCCCCUGUGUACGAAAUCGCGUGUUUUAAAAUUGACCAUUUGAUGGUAUAAUCAUUAUUGUUUUCUUUUAAUUUCCAAAUAUGUUUCGAAAGUUCCGUUUUGUUUGAGUCUUUUUCAUGACGAAAAGAUGAAGUGUGGUUAGCGUAAUGUUCCUUAAAUGUAGUCGUUGUCACACCAAUGUAGUGUUUAGUGUCGCUCGUGUUGUUGGUUGUGACUGUGUAAAUAAUGUUGUUGGUCAUAUAUUGUUUCGGUAGUGGGCAAGUGUUUUUAUUGUUUUACAGUUGUCAGUUUCCUUUUUCUGUGAUUGGCUGUUCCUAAUUAUAUGUGCGUUGUGUUUGGUGAUUAUAGACUUAACUUUGUUCAUGCAAUUACUUUUAAAGUGUUUCUGUUGAAAAUCUUGUUUAGUUUGUGCUGUAGUGGAAAGUGUUUGUCAAUUAAACUUAAGAAUUCCCGUCCUAUGAUCGUGUUGACACUCUUACUAAAUGGUUGGUUGAGAUAUUUUCGGCGAAAGGCAAAUAUACAAUAAUUUCAAAAAUUAAAACUGAGCAACACGACGAAACCUAAUUUAACGUCCUUCAUAGCAAAUCCGUCAGCCCAAAUGCUUAAAAACUUUAACAAAAUAAGUCUGUGUAUCACUGGGGACCCACCCCCCCCUCCCCUGACCCCACACACACACACAGCAGCUUUAACUGUUUCUCCGCAACUUUAGCAUCAAAACUUUCUCAAAAUUUUGUAUUGUUUUUGCUCCCUCGCUCACUUGAAAAUUCAAGCGACAGUAAAAGCAUGCGCGUGACGUCACCGAGUACCUAUUAGGAGAAUUUCAAAGUUGAACUUUGAGUAAAAUUGUUUACCAUGUAAUAUCUUCUACUUAUAUUAUAUCAUAAAAGAAAUAGAAAAACUCGGCUCGUGCGUUUAUGGUGUGAUAAUGCACUCCAGGAAUGUUGGAAGAACACUCGAGAAGCGUGUAAAACACUUGGCUACGCCUCGUGUUUUAUACGCUUCUCUCGUAUUCUGCUAACAUUUCCAGUGUGCAUUAUCACACCAUAAACGCACGCGACUCGUUUUCUAAUAAUUUUUCCGCAAGAUCAGCUGCAAAAUGAUUCGGUACACAUUUUUUAAAGCUACGUACGUGCUGUAAUGUAUUGCAAAGGUUGCCUAGGAAACUUAAUCUUAAGUUCAGCAUACACUAGUAGAUGCUCACUGAUUUGUGCAUUCGAUAUUCCACUUCGGUAGACUGAUGACUUCGACGAUACUGGGCGAACAUCUAGCAAUGAUUAAGUUGAGUCUGUGAUCCUAUUUGGCGAUUUAAUGAUUGAGUGAUUUUUUUCUAUUCAUUUAAAAAUCUACUCAUAGUUUUGCAUUCUAUACAAUUAUUCUUUUUUCCGAUUAUUAUUCAGUAUAAAUACAGACUUUGGUUAAAAACAGUCUCUGUAAAAUUACAAUACAUUCUCUGUCGUUCAAGCUGCCUGUACUUGUUACUGUAAAAUUACAGGGUUUUUUUUAAAGUGUACUUUAAACUCGACACCAAUUUCCGAUAUAUUUUUAGUGGAUAUAUUUUUGUCUUGUUAGUGGACUCAUUCUCGUGCAAUUUUGUGGAUUUCUACGGUUGCCAAUGGAGUGAGGAUGCCAACGAUGAUUUCAAUUGGAUCAGAGGUUCAGGUCAUAAGGCCUCAAGAAAAACCGGUCCAACUACCGAUCAUACUAGGGGUGUAGGUAAGCUAGGCUAUAUGUUCUAUACUGAUCACUACACUGGCUAUUUUAAUUUCACCAUAAUGUUCUAUAUUUACUAACAUUUUCAUGUCAUUAUUCUUGUGUUGAUGCAGUUUAGCUUGAAGUAUAGGCUACAUUAUGACAACAAUACUUUUGAAAUCUAAAUCUAUUUAAUUGUUUACUUGACAAUAAACAAUAAAGAUUAUUAUCAUAACAAUCAUAUUUAUAUUCAAUCAUCAUAAUCAUAAUAUAUCGGUAUUGUUAUAUACCAUCGCUAUAUCCCAUCAUCGUCAUCAUCAACCAUCAUUAUCAUCCACAUAAACACAUGAAUUAUUGCCACUAGUACAGAAUUACUAGCUUAAGACAUGCAAUGAUAUUAUAAGAUAAAAUCGCUGAUAUGAAAUCCAAAAUUUUUAUACAAUUUUUUUAUACUAGGUCUUCUAGCAAACAAGAACCAAGGUCCUGGCUCAUUACAACAUCGCGGACGCAAAUGUAUUCGUGUUAUCGGGGACGCCUAUAAUAGACCAAAAGAUGGACAAUCCCUCGUGCUAGACCAAGGCUGUUGGAAAGGUCAGCAAGAGUUGCAGCUAUGGCCGAAUGGAACAUUGAUGUUAACUAGACAUGGCAUGUGCGCAAAGCCUAAUGCUACUGGACAG